AUGUCUGUACUGUUGGUCUCUGCGGGGUAUGAUCAUACGAUUAGGUUUUGGGAAGCGCUUACUGGGGUUUGUUCUAGAACGAUCCAACACUCUGAUUCGCAGGUGAAUCGAUUGGAGAUUACUAGUGAUAAGAAACUGCUUGCUGCUGCUGGACACCAGAAUGUAAGACUUUAUGACAUCCGUACUACAAAUCCGAACCCCGUGGCAUCGUUUGAAGGUCAUCGAGGAAAUGUGACUUCGAUAUCUUUUCAACAGGACAAUAAAUGGAUGGUGUCGUCGAGUGAAGACGGGACUAUAAAAGUUUGGGAUGUAAGAGCACCUUCUGUACCGCGAAAUUAUAAGCAUAACGCACCAGUAAAUGAGGUAGUAAUACACCCGAACCAGGGGGAGUUGAUCUCUUGUGAUCGAGAUGGGAACAUUAGGAUAUGGGAUCUGGGUGAGAACCAGUGUACACAUCAAUUAACGCCAGAAGAUGACACUCCAUUGCAAUCGUUGUCCUUGGCAAGUGAUGGGUCUAUGUUGGUCGCGGCGAACAGUAAAGGGAAUUGCUAUGUGUGGGAGAUGCCGAAUCGAACUGAUGCCUCUAACUUGAAGCCAGUAACAAAGUUUCGUUCUCAUGCUACGUAUAUUACUCGGAUAUUGCUGUCUUCGGACGUGAAGCAUUUGGCGACUUGCUCUGCAGACCAUACGGCAAGGGUGUGGUCUAUCGACAACAAUUUCGAGCUUGAGACCACGUUAGAUGGUCAUCAGAGAUGGGUCUGGGAUUGUGCAUUCAGUGCGGAUAGUGCCUAUUUGGUGACUGCGUCUUCUGAUCACUACGUGAGGUUAUGGGAUUUAUCUACAAAAGAGAUCGUAAGGCAAUACGGCGGACACCAUAAAGGUGCCGUUUGCGUUGCGCUCAAUGAUGUAUAG